AUGACCUUGUAUGACCUCAGUAAAGACAUAAAAUGUGAACUAAAGGAAGUAUGCACAACUCUACAGACACAAUCAGGGCUGAGAAUAUACAAAUCAUCAGCCACUAUUGUCUUGAUGCUUGCUCUCUGUGUCCUCUUCAUGGCUCUUGCCACUGCUAUGGGUGGCUACCUGCUAGGAUCAUAUGGAUAUGGUUAUCCUGGCUAUGGUUAUGGUUAUAGGCCCUACGAUUAUGGUAGAUACAGUGGAUAUGGUGGAUAUCCUUAUGGUGGAUAUGGUUACGGUGGCUAUGGCCGCGGUUAUGGUUACGGUGGAUACGGCCGCGGUUAUGGUUACGGUGGAUAUGGCCUAGGUUAUGGUCACGGUGGCUAUGGACCCUACGGUUAUGGUGGACUUUAUGGUUAUGGUAGAGGAUAUGGCUACCCUGGCUAUGGUUAUGGACAUGGCUGGUAA